GAAAAAGAAUGAUAUUGACAAUUGACGUAUGUGUGUCUCUCUCGAUCUCCUAUGUGUAACCAAAUUUCUAGAGAGAUGUGAAGGAUUUUUCAGAUUGGCAGCGGUAAAUUGGGUGGUGGGGCUGAUGAAAUUUACAGUUUUAAUUUUUAUAAAAUCCCAAUUCGGUUGCUUGUUGUCUCCUCCGUCCUUCCCCUGGAAUUUCUCCAUCGUCAGCAGCAAGCUCUUCGUUAGAAGUUUCCUGAAAAGUUCGCGAAAGAGAUUCAUCGUUUUGAAUGACCUUACAGUUCUGUUGAAGAUUUACUUUCGGCCAUGAGGGAAUUUUUCGUUGUUCCGUCACUAGGGUUUUAGUUUGCACCGGGUGCUUGGACGAUUGUUUUUUUUCUUCUCUCUUUUGUUGCUGGUGCUGUUUUGGGAAUUAUUUUUUUGAGUUCAUGGAAGCUUAUAAGAAGUGGGUUAGGGAUAACAGACACUAUCUGCACUCUUUGGAGUCUCUUGCAAAUGGCUUGACGUGGCUUCUUCCUGAACGAUUUUCUGAUUCAGAAAUUGGACCAGAAGCAGGUUUUGUGAAACUUUGUUUCUGCCGCUGUCGGCAUUAUCACCGCAGUCAACGAACACAUAAUCGAAACAACUCCAACCCAAAUGCAUGUGAACUCAGCCGGGCCAUCCUCUUUUCCUUAUUCAUUGUGCAUAUCUGCUCUGAAAAACUUGGAAACAUUGAUUGAAGUUGCUGCACAACAAUAUUAUGGCGAUGAUAAGCGAUGGAACUUCAUUGCUGCUACAGAGGCUAUGAAGGUGUUAUUUAGAUUAGCUUUGUUCAAGAAUAGGGGGUACAAGAUGCUUCUCGAAGGAGGCGAAACGCCAAAUAACGAGAAGCAUCUGGCAACCUCAACUUCUCAGCACAAAGCUAAUGCUUUUACGAACCAUGGUGGGGGUCAUGCAUCUGGAUACUCUAGAUAUCUUAAUGGACACAACCAGUGGAAUCUAGAAGGGAGGGCAUUGUCAGCGUUAAGCAGGUUUGGUGAAAACGCUCCGUUGAUUUCGUCUCCAACCUGGUCAUACCAGGUUCAACACCAGAAUGCAAUGUUGAAGCCUCCAGCUACAAUACCUGAGAAGAGGUCAACUCUUUCGACCAUUUUGUCUGAACAGGGUCAUCGCGGGGCUCUUUUCGUAACUGGAGAAGUUCUUUUUAUCACAAGACCGCUUAUUUAUGUUCUACUGAUCCGAAAAUAUGGGAGUCGGUCAUGGACUCCUUGGUUUCUUUCUCUAGCUGUUGACCUCAUCGGGAUGAGCUUUUUAUCAUAUGCUUCUUCAGCUUCAGCAAGUAUAAAAGGUCGACAAUCGCACCUUUCCGACUCCGAGAAGGAUGAGCUGAGAAGACGCAAGAUGCUUUGGGCAUUUUACCUGAUGAGAGACCCAUUUUUUGACAGAUACACAAGGCGAAAACUCGAAAGAACCGAACAAGUUCUGGAACCUGUACCUUUUGUUGGAUUUCUCACAGCUAAAAUUGUGGAGCUCAUUGUUGGAGCUCAGACAAGAUAUACUUACAUGUCAGCUUCAUGAGAUGGGAGGAAAACUGGAGUUUUUACUUAACAUUGCUUCCCUGAAGCUUCAAAGUCUUCCCCUUCUGGUUUCUUCUUCUACACUUCCUUUGUAGAAUUAUUUAGUGAUGUUUCUUUUGCCGUUAAACUGUUUUUGAAAUAAUAAUUUAGCACUGUAUAUUGGUAUUUUGCUGGCAAAAUAAAAUGUCUUUUUGAGUUGGGAAAACUUGUCAAGGGUUGCCUUUUUUUUAAAUAUGGGUUUUCAAUAAUAAUUUUGAAUUAUCAUUCACAUAUUCAAUAUAAAUCACUUGUUUUUUGGUGUUGAUCAAAGAUUUUUUUUUUGGGUAAUUUUGUAGUGGGGUGUGUUAAUUUUUAUAAUUUAGUUUGGUUAAAAUGUAUUAAAUGGUUCCUAAUAGGCAGUUUUUCAUUUGCCCUUGACUUUUUAUAAUUUCCAAUUAAGUCCUCCCAUAAAAAAAAGAAUUAUUAAAACGUGUUAAAAAGGGAGUUGAUCUAUUAUUAA